AUGAGCAAAAAGCGUCUCGAGGUCGACGCGCAGGUGAAGAAACUUCUGGCGAGCUGCAAAUCCGAGGAAGAGCGGAUCCAUCGGUACCUGCGAAUCGCCCAGCAGUACCUUUACAUCGAUGAACACUGCGAGGCUGAGAAGUAUCUCCUGCGAUACAUCAAGGCGAAACCCGACAGUCAUGAAGCGCACAAACUCGUGGGUGAACUCUAUCUCAAGCUCCGCAGAUUCCAGGACGCUUACGACUCCCUGAAGAGAUCCUACGAACUCAGCGAGAACAAAGAGGUUCUUGCCAACAUAUGCGAAGCCGCUCCCCUAGCAUCAAUAGCGCUGUCGGUGAAAAAAGGCUGGCUGAAAGCGGCAGAAGAAGCCAAUAUUCCGCAGAUGAGUAUGUUAGGCCUGAGGGAAGCCGUUCUCCGUGAGGGCGAAUUCAGCGUUCUGGAGAUGGAAGCAGUCCUGAAAGAGCGGUCCAUCCUCUAUCCUCUAGAGCCGGAAGCGCAGAUAAAGUUGUUGGUGUUUUAUGCUGAAGCGAACCGAUUCGAAGAUUGUGUGAGAAUCAUCCUGCGAGAAGAGAGCAAGCAGGAGUUGCGGAACAGCCCCCAGUGGUACAGAGCGUGUCAAAACGCUCUGAAUAAACUUCGUUCGAGUAAAGCCAUGCCCUACGAUCAGACCCUCGCCCUUCUGCACCUCCACAUCAGUCAGAGAUUGACCAUGGGUUUGAUCACGGAUCCGUUUUUCAUCGCCGACCAAGACAAAGGCAGUGUGGGUCUGGAAGCAUUCUUCAAGCAGCUCGAAGUGUUCGAUAACUUGUUAGACGAGGCUCUGUCAAAUCAGCAGUGGUACCGGGAAUGCUUGUGGUCAUUCGUAUUGGAUCACUUCACCGGUCAAUUGUUGUUCCUAUUCGCGCUCGGUAUGCUGCGUCGGGCCGACGAAUCGAACCGCGAAGAUGCCUACAGGGCUCGAGGUCAGGCACUCAUGUUUUGUGCACUCGAAUAUAAACCUAAGAAAUUGACGAAUGAGACUUGGUUCUCAAAACUCAAAGACGACGUCAGAAAGCUCUUGCUCCAAGUGCAUCUGGACGGCUCUUAUCGCACAACCGUGUGCUAUUACUGCCUCGCGAACACGUCGACUGAUCCGAGUUUGGCCGAGAGCGUCAAAAUCGCCCUAUCGGGGAACUCCGCUGUGAAGUUCGUGACCGAGCGACUCUUCCCGGGAAAAGCGAUCGCGGCCGUUUUCAAUCAGACGGUCCUCGCUCGAGCUUGCACGAAGCUCCCAGAUCGAUCGGUGAUCGCUCCCUAUGAGAGUAAUUCGUGCAUAGCCUUCGCCGGAAGUCUAGAGCACAUCGUGUGGUUGCUUUUGAGCGGAGCAGAAAUGCCGACGGAGAAGAUCUUCCCCUCGUUGCUCCUAGUUCCCAGCACUAUGGAUGGAGCGCACACACCAUCGCAAUCCGAUAUCGACGCCUUCCUGGCGGCAGUCUUGGCCGCAGUUAGACUUUUCGGAAGCAAGCUGGACAUCAUCAGACCCACGGUUCCCCGCGAAAUUCUCCACAGGGCUUUCACCACGAACAAACAGCAAAACUUCUGGAACGCCAUGUAUCGGACGUUUGUGAAGAAAGUCAACGCUGGCAGGGAUUUGAUUCAACCGAAAAAAGUUGUGAGCGACGGACUCGAUAUCGUGCGCGGCAAGGAUGCCAAAAAGUCAAUGCCGGUGUACUAUCUGAUUCAGAUCGCUCGAGACCUCCAUGAAAAAGGUCGCAAGAAGGCCCCAUACUUCGGCGCUGCCGUGAAUUACUACAGGAUUGUCCUCGCUCGGCUGGACGAGCAGCACAGAAUCCAACCGGCGAUCGGUGGCGGUCGCGCGGCCCCGAGCGUGCUCUUCGAAAUCCCCAAAACGAUGGCUGCGUCCGAAGACGCAGGUGGAUAUCGUGGCGAGGCAAAUUUAGAAAUCGGAAAGUUCCUUCUGUAUUCUGGACAACUCGAACGAGCCCGCAGUACCCUCGAAUCGGUCCACAAUCCUAAGGGUUACUUGUACUACGCGAGAGCGGCUGGAAAGCUCUGUGACGAACUCAUGUCGGAGGGCGAUGUCGACACGAUCGAGCGCCUCCUGGAAAAAUCGAGCGCUCUGCUGAAAAAAGGUCUGCAGAUGGCCCAGAGCGAUCCCGAGUUGAGCGAAAAGUUGAAAAAAGAACUCGAGUCUCUGAAGUUCAAGGCCUCGGAAACAACGAGCUGCCUGGACGUGGAGCUGAACGUAUCGGGACUCAACACCCGAGAGACGACUUCGCUCCCAGAAGUCGACAUGAACAAAAUCGACACGCUCAUCAAAGAACAGACGGCGAAAAUUUUGGUGGACUCAACUCAGAAGUCGGCCAAACUCGAAACGGAACUCACUGAGUUGAAGGCCAUGCAGGCAAAACUCAUCGAGACUCUGGCACAGGUUCUAGCUGAGCAGACCAUAAUCUCCAGCCAAACGAAAGCAGCGGUUGCGACGAACUCCGAAAUGGUCAUCAAAGUCGCUCAGAUCUCUCAGCAACUGACACGCAUCGAAGAACAAGUCAGCCUGUCUCAAACCUCGGCCGAUUACACCGAUUAUCAGGACACCUCCUCAAGUUCUCGCACCCAGCAGUACCAAAGCGGAGGACUCGUCAUACCUCCGGGCGCCGGUUUGCCUCAGUUCAAUCUGACCGGAGUUCAGCAUCCGUCCGCGCAAACUUCCUUCGCGGCCGCUGCUCCCACCAAACCACAGAGUGCCGUGGUGACCCCGAAAGAUGACUUCUCCAAGAAUAAGAUUCUCUUCGAAGCUGAAGGAACUAUUUACGAAUCGCGGGCCGGCGUGUCCUAUUCCGCCGUGUCGGGCGUCCACAAAAUUGUAAUCCUCCAAACACCGAACAAAGGCCCCAUUCUCAAUUCAUUAUGGUAUUUCGAUGCCCAACGUGUAUACAUCUCGCAUGAUCUCGGUCGAAUGACUUUCUCAACGUACGACACUGGCGACGGCCAAACAAACGUCCAAUGGACUCACGGUGACAAAUCAUACUACAUCCGUUUCACCGAUUGGUCCAUCCAGCCGGGCGAGAUUCUCAUGCGAGUUUUCCAAGAUUGCGGAGUUCCACAGGAGCCGUGUCAGCCUGCGAAAGAAAAUAUUUUCUUAGCAGCGGCUCUGAACAAGACCCCGACCAAGAGCUUGGCGAGCACAACCUCACCCAGACCGGACGUAGCCGUAGAAACGCCGAAAUCUUCGAUUUUCUCCUCUCUAGCGAUGACCACACCAAACACGACGAGCGUGCCGCUCGCGACCCCCGUAGCGGUCUCAUCUUCCCCCGGGAUCUUACCGACGCCCGCUGCACCCUCCGUGUCGCCUGCGAACGCGUCUAGUCCUUUUGCCCUCGGCUUCGGCAAAUCCAGUCCUUUCACAAGCGUGACCGGUAAGGCUGCCGUUGCCGCCCCUGCUGCUGCUCCUGUUUCCACAUUCGGUCAAACACCAUCCCUCGGUGGAUUCACAUUCAACUCGACACCCGUCGUAGCAGCGAACACCGUGCCCGCUCCGACCGAGGUGAAAGCUGCCGAAAAAUCCAAAACGGAAGAGGAGCCGAACCCCUUCUCCGGAUUCAGCUUCCAGUUCCCUAAGCCGGAGGCUCCGCAGCCGACCCUCGGGAGCGGUUGGCCGCUAACCACGUCAAGCUCCGCCGCUUCGACGACCCCCACGAGCAAGGUUUUCAGUUUCUCGGCUCUCACGCCCACUGUUUCGACGGUCGCAUCGAGCCCGAGCAAUCCCGCCGCUGGCGUCGAAGGAGGAGACGCCGAAGGAGAAGACUACGAGUGCACUGCGCAGUUCAAGCCGGUCAUCGAGCUGCCGCAGCUAGUCGAUGCGAAAACAGGCGAGGAAGACGAGGAUGCGAAAUUCUGCGACAGAGCCAAGCUGUACCGAUUCGAUCAGCAAACGCGCGAAUGGAAAGAGCGAGGACUGGGCGAGGUGAAGAUCCUCCGCAAUAAAACAACAGGAAAAUACAGAGUUCUCAUGCGUCGUGAACAGGUGCUGAAAAUCUGCGCCAACCACCCAAUCUUGCCUGGAAUGGAACUCAAACCGAGACCGAAACCCACAGAACACUUGUGGUUCGCCCCUGAUUUCGCCGACGGAGAGCAAAAGUACGAACAGUUCGUCAUUCGUUUCAAGACAAAAGAACAAGCCGAGAAGUUCAAAGAGGUGUUCGACGAAGGUGUGAAAGCCGCCUCGGAUUCCACCUCAGUUGAAACCUCGCCGUCAGCGAAGAUUCCCUCGAUCCCGGUGAAGGAGGAGGCUUCCCAAGGGAAACCCUUGCCCUCGCUGUCGGAAAUGUUCAAAGUCGCCGCCGGAUCGUGGUCUUGCAGUACUUGCUUGGUGAACAACAAGGCUGACGCGUCGACUUGCAUCUCCUGCGGAACCUCGAAGUCGGGCGCUGCGUCUCAAGAUACCGCUAGUUCCGCUCCCGCCGUCAGUUCUCCUUUCAAGUUUGGCGUCCCCGUCGCGGCUAAAGACAACGCACCUCCUGCGGUGCCGUCUUUCGGUGAUUUUUUCAAACCCGACCCGAAAAACUGGGAAUGCUCCUCGUGCUAUGUGAGCAAUCCUCCCACCGCCGAAAGCUGCCAAGCGUGCUCAGCGGCUCGAGCGUUCAAGUUCGGACUUCCGAAAACUUCGAGUUUCGGUUUCUCAACAUCCAACCCCGAUACGACACAAGCGUCAAAGGCUCCGAUAUCGACCACGUAUACUUUCGGGACGUCAGCGAAUUCAUCUUCGGCUCCCCAGCCCGCGACUGGCUUCGUGUUCGGCAAUACGGUCGCUUCCACGCAGGCUCCGGCGGCUUCUACGACUCCGACGGCUCCUGUUUCGGUUAAGAAAGAAGUCGAGGAUCAAACACCGCCGGCUGCUGAGCUGUCCGCAGGCUUCACGUUUGGCAGUCCGCAACAGCAUAAAUUCUCCUUCGAAGCUUCGGGCGUUCGACAUUCGGAGGACGAUGACGAUCAAGUCGUGGAAUCGCAGGAUCGGGAUUUUGCUCCAGCGGUAGCUUCGCUUCCGCCCGAGGUUGAGGUCGUGACCGGCGAGGAGGGCCAGACGUGUCUCUACUCCGUCAGAGCGAAACUGUACCGUUUCGCGAACAAGGAAUGGAAGGAGAGGGGAGUCGGUGACUUCAAAAUACUGCAGGAUCCUAAUACGUCGAAAGUUCGUCUCACCAUGAGACGGGAGCAAGUCCACAAGGUCUGCCUGAAUCACUACCUGACCAAACAAAUCAACUUCAGCAAACGCGACGACAGAACACUGGAGUGGCAAGCCCUAGAUUUUGCUGAGGGGGAACCAGAGCCAACACUGUUCGCGAUCCGGGUCCGUAACCGAGAAACGGCUUCGGCAAUGCUCGACGCAAUUCUCGACGCUCAGGGAAAACAGGCCCCGACACCCGUGAAAGCCUCGCCGAAAAGCGCCUCGCCAUCGGUCGAAACCACACCGAAGCAGAAAACAGCUAGUCCGCUCAAACCGCAGGUCCUGUUCUCGGACUCGACGGACGCUCAAGAAUCUUCGGCUUCGAUUCGAAGUGAUUCGGUUGAGGUUGUGAAAAUCGAGAGAGCUUGCGAUGCUGAUGUCAUGAGAGCUCGAGCGCUCAUGCUUCCCGAUCAUUUCUUCCUCUACGAGGGACGGCAGCACAAAUGCAAGGGCUGCCGAGGUUGCGAACAGGAAGAAGCGAAUGAAGCUUGUGCAGCAACGCCACCGGUCAAGCCUGAGGAACAAGCAGCUGUCAAACCGAAGAAGGUCGCCCAGAAGAAGUCUCCGCAACCGGCCGAAAAAUCUGCUCCAGCCGAAACAUCUGCUCCAGCCUUGCAAGGACUCGCUGCGGUGAAAAUCGAGUCGCAAACUACGAAAACUCCACCGAAAGCACCGCCCGUCUUUGGAGCGCCCCCGGCGUUCGGAACAGUACCAGUUGAAAAGACACAGAAAGAAACGCUGAAGCCAUUGGAGCCUUCGGAAACCACGACGGACAGCGGUUUCUUGUUCGGUGCUGGAUCCAGCAUGACAUUCUCAGCUCUGGCGGCGAAGGGGUCCACGACUGGCUUCGCGAAGUCCGGUGGUGAUAACCCCCCAUGGGGAGGUGGUCAGGUUUCGAGUUUCUUCUCAUCGUUCUCGAAGACCGGAGCGACGAGCUCCCCUGGUAAAAACGACGACUCCACUCAGGACGUGGAAGAGGUUGAACCGUCGAAGGACAUCCAUUUCGAACCCGUCAUCCCUCUUCCGGACCUGGUUGCGGUUCAGACCGGCGAAGAACAGGACCAAGUGUUGUACUCGCAGCGUGCAAAACUCUACGUCUACCACGGUGAAACCAGUGAAUGGAAGGAACGGGCCCUCGGAGAAGCGAAAAUUCUCCGCUGUACCGACGGUAGAGCCCGGAUCGUUGUCCGUCGAGACAUGGUUCACAAAGUCGCUUGUAAUCACUACAUCACCGACGGCAUGGAGCUGAAACCCCUUUCCACGUCCAACAACAGUCUCACGUGGUCUGCGGUAGAUUUCGCAGAAGGUGAUCCGACCCCGCAGCUUUUCGCUCUGAAAGUUAAGACCGAAGCCCGUCUGAACGAGUUCAAGGAAAUUUUCGACCAGGAGGUGGAAAAAGCGCGGAAAGCGAAAGAAGGCUUAGACCAGACGGACGAUGGCGAUGCUGCGGGAGGAAAUGGCGACGACUUAGAGGACUUCGAAAUCGUGAAGUGCGGCCCCGAAGGCGUCGCAACCACGCGGGAGGACGCCAAGGAGGACUACGAAGAAGAAGUUUACGAAUACGACGAAACCGCGGAGGAAGAUGAUGAAUACGAAGAGGGCGAGCAUGAUUUCGACGAAGACAACGUGCUCUUCAGUGCCGUAGUUGACAUCACAGAAGAAAUGCCGAUCGGCGGAAAUAAAUGGCUCGAUCUUGGACAAGGCAUCGUGCGCAUCGUUUACGACGAUGACAUCUUUGGCCACGUUAUUUAUCUCAGCGACGCUGCAACCGACACUAUCAUCGCGAAAACCAUAAUCGCCGUCCAAACGUCUCUCCGGGAGACAGGACGCAAGGCUAUCUGGAUGGCUCAAGACGUCAAGCAGGAGCCUUUAUUGCGGCGUCGCUUCUCCAUCGAGUUCUGCACGGAUGACGACCUCAAGAACUUCUCCGUGGUCUUCAAUGAAGGGAAGGAUACGGCGCUCAAAUGUGGUAUCCUCGAGAAUUCCGACCAACCGCCAUGGACGAGUCCGGCCGCUCCUUGAUCCUCUUAAAAUAUAUCGAUGCUGUACAAACAAAUGUUUGAAUCCUUGAAAGUAUAAGUGUGCAAGUGACGAGACACGAAUCAAUCAUUAAAAUAUGUUCCGGCU